AAAACACAUCAUGGCCAAGAUGCCUGCAGCUCUUAAUUGGGAUAAAAUGUUGAGAAUUGACCCAGAAACCCUCAAUGAACGCGACAAAGACGAAGUGGAUAAGGUCUUCGAUCUGUUAGUUUUGACAGAAGAAUGGGGUGUGAAGGAUAAAGCUCCAGAGAACAUUAUUCAAGUCCUCAGGGUGUUUCAAUCCCUCCUGAAGAUUAGAGAUCGAGAACUUUCUGUUGCCUUCGACUUUAUCGAUGACAUUGGUGUAAAACAUGCUAGAAAAGAAAAAGAACUCUUGGCUAAAGUGUCACAGUUGGAACAAGAACAGAAGCUCCACAGCACUGUGCAGAACACCGGCUUUAUUAGAGAUCAGAUUUGGCACCUUGAGACCCAGUUGGAGCAAAGGGAGAAUGAGGUGACCCAGUUAAAGAAAGAAAUGGGGAAGGAAAAGAAAACCAAUGAGGAGUUGGUUGUGCAAGUAGAGAAGGCUGAGGAAGUCAUCAAGAAGCUGAAAAGAGAGUUAGAAAAGCUUAAGAGGAAGAAUGAGCAGCUCCAGCAGGAUGUGGACUUUUAUCGCGGAGAGCUGGACCAGAAAGAGCCUAUGUCUUCAAAAGAUGAGAAUGCUGAGACUCAGAGGAAGCUCAACCUUGCCAACCGCCAGCUUUACCAAUGUUUAGAAGACCUGCAGCGAGCAGAAGAUGAAAACACACAUCUGAAGACUGAGAAUAUGCAGAUGCAGAGAAGCCUGGAGGAAUCUGUGAAGGAGAUGGAGAAGAUGACGGAUGAGUACAAUAAGUUGAAGAUUGUGGUGCAGCAGACUGACUCCAUUAUGGACCAGCUUAGGAAGGAGCGAGAUCAUACAAAGCUUCAAGUCAGAGAGUUAACAGAUAAGAUUCAUAGCAUGACUGAAGAGAACGACCCUAUUAUGGCAGCUGUCAAUGCCAAAGUGGAGGAGUGGAAGCUAGUGCUGUCUGGGAAGGACGAUGAAAUUUUGGUGUACCAGCAGAUGAUUCGUGACUUGAGGGAAAAGCUGCGUUCAGCACAGCUGGACUUGGACAAAAGCAACAUUCUGGCCUUGCAGCAGGUCAUAUAUGAGCUCUGCGCUGCUGUCCAAGAGCGUGAUAAUCAGAUCAAGAUGCUGAGUGAGCAGGUGGAGCAGUAUACAGGGGAAAUGGAGAGGCACACCCUACUUAUUGAGGAGCUAAAGACAUCUACGAAGAAAGACAGAGGCCUCCCACCUACCUUACAGCAGAAGAAAAUGGAGGGGCUGAAGUUAAAGCUAGAAGCUGCAGAGACAAGAGCAACGGAAGCAGAGCAUGCGGUAAAACUAGCAGAAGCUCAUGCUGAGGAAAAAGACAAAGCAGUUAUUGAGGCUUCAAACCGCUUGAGCCAAUAUGAGUCUGGCACUUAUGGCCUGGAAGCAGCCAUUGCAGAGAUCAAAGAGUGUAAAAAUCUAAUUAGAGAGAGAGAAUGUGAGGCAGAGGCCAUGACCAAAGAGAUCAACCAGCUUGAGAUGAGAAUCAAUGACCUCAUGGACGAAAACGAAGGUUUUAGAGAAAAACUAGGUCUGGAACCAAAGCAGGAAGUGGAUCUGACAGAGUUUAGGCGUGCCACAGAUCUCAGACAGCGCCGGUACAAAGCAGAAAACCAAGUGCUCACCAAAGAGAUUGAACGACUUGAAGAGGAAAGACUGGAAUUAAAGAAACAAAUCAGACGCAUGGUGAAGGAAAGAGCUGUGUCUACAGGGAUUCCACAGUCAAGCUUACUGCUGGAGGAAGAUGUUAGACCGAGCAGGGCGGCACAGCUGUCGCUCAAUCAGAGUGGCAUGUACACAGAUGAAGAAACCAGGCGCAAAAAUGAGUACCUUGAAAAAGAGUUAAGCAAAAAGGAGCGAGAGCUGGAACUUCACCGGACCCAGUUUCAGGUCAAAUUGGAAGAACUUUCAAAGGUGAAAAAAGAUCUGGAGGCUGCUCUGAAAGAUGUCCUUCAAGCAAUGAGGAUUAAUCAAGAGGCUGUUUCUGUUCCUAAUCUGGAAAGGUUGGCCAAUGCUUUAGAUGUCAGUGGCAUGGGUGGCCAGUCUGAGUCAGCCCCACACUUCAGGUCCCAAAUACACCAGCUGGUGGGGAGAAAUGAAGAACUGAGGCAGGAGCUAAAAUCAGCUCGUGAGGAGGCAACCGACAGCUUGAGUCAGCUUGCCAGAGCCAAAGAAAAGAUAUGCCAACUUGAAAGUGAGUUGGAGUUGCUCAGGAAGUCUGGCAGUAAUGGAGUCGUCCUCAGACCUCUGACCCUUCCCGAGGGCCUGGAGCCCAGCAGCACUGAAGUCAUCAGUUCCCUGAAUGAGUACGCCGUUCGACUCCUUCAGGAGCUCAAAAACAAGGAGGAAAAAAUGCAGAAACUUGCAGGUGCUCUGGAAGAAUACAAGGAGAAGUUUUCUGUUAUUAGCCAUCAACAGGGACUUCUCUACAAAGAGUACCUGAGUGAGAAGGCAAAGUGGCAGAAGGAGAAGGAGACAUUCACAGAGAUGAAGAACAGGCUGGACAAACAAAAGCAGGUGGAUGACGUUAAAAUCAAAGAGUUCAGUGAUCUGCUGGACACACUUCAGAAGGAUCCAGAGGACAUCAGAAGACAGCUGAGUGAAGCAAUUCGUAAGCUGACAGUGCUCAAAGUUAAUGAGAAGAAACUGGCGCGACGCUACACAACCCUGCUGGAACAAGAACAGCACCUCCGCAAGGAAAACGGCAAGCUAAGAGAUGAGAGCAGCCAGAUGCAGGUUUCGGUCACUCAGAGGAUAGGUUACCUUCAGAGAUACAAGGAAAUGGCUGCAUAUAAAAUAGCAGCACUACAGAAAGCUUUGGAUGAUAGUGUGCCCUCAUCAGACCUGGAGAAGGCUAACAAACAGUACACAGAGCUAACAGUCAAAUACAGAAACAUGCUACAGAGAGACAGCCACCUCAUACAAAGAACCACCAACUUAGAACAUUUGGAGAGUGAGAAUGAGUCUCUCCGAGAACAAAUCUCUGCCAUGAAUAAAGAACUGGAGAUCACGAAGGAGAAACUUAAUACUUUAGAGCAAAGAUGGGAGAACAUCCCUUCAACAGGAGAAGAAAAUGAGAUGGAUAAGGCAGAAAAGGCAUCACUCAACAAUGAGAUGAUAUCUGCUGCAAGACGAAUCACCACUUUAGAGAUGAAGGAGCUGAAUGAGAGGCAGAGAGCUGAGCAUGCCCACAAAAUGUAUGAGCACGUGAAGAACUCACUUAAGCAGGUGGAGGAGCGCAAUGUGGAACUGGAAUCCAAGUUUGUGGAAUUGACUAAGAUGAAUGUGGAGGCCCAAAGGCUUGAGCGGGAGCUGAGAGAUGAGCUGGCAAGCAGCGUGAGCAAAGCUGCGAGCGAUGCAGACAGAGCCAAGAUUGCAGAGCUGGAGAAGGCAGAGGCUGAGCUUCGCAAUGAGGUUUCUAAGCUUCAGGAGGUCUCUGAUGUGGCUGUGACACAGGUGUCUGCUCUACAGGCCAAACAAAAAAGCAACGAAAAAGAAGUGGAAACUUUGAGGAGGCAAAUAUUGGACUACCAGUCGCAGUCAGACGAGAAGGCCCUCAUUGCAAAGCUUCACCAGCACAUUGUGGCUCUGCAGCUCAGUGAGUCAGAUGCUUUGGGAAAACUUGAGGCUGCCACCAAUCACAUCCAGCAGUUGGAGGCCUACAAGCUGCGAGCUGAACAGCGGCUCGAUGCAAGUGAGCGUACUCUGUUUCUCGCUCGCCAAGAGGGCAGAAACCGCUCGAAGCACCUACGGCAGACUAUCCAGUCGCUCCGUAGGCAGUUUGCAGGUGCGUUGCCACUUCCUCAGCAGGAAAAGUUCUCUUUGACCAUGCUGAGCCUCCAGGAGGACCGAGCAAAAGCUCAAGAGGAGAAAAAGAGGGCAGAGCAGGAGAGCAAGAGAGUGGAGGGAAGGGCAGAGGAGCUGGAAUUAAAGCUGCAAGGGCUGGAAGAGCUCGUCUCAACCCUAAAGGAUGUGAAAGGGGCCCAGAAGGUCACUGAGUGGCACAAAAAGAUGGAGGAAACUCGCCUGCAGGAGCUCAGGAAAGGCAGGGAACUGGUGGUCCAGAAGGAGGAGAUAAAAUAUCUCUGGAACCUUGUAAAGGAACAGGAACAAACCAUCCACUCACUGGAAGAGGAUAUUGUUCAGCAAAAGACUCUUCACGAAGAAUGCCAGCUUGCAUGGGAUCAGCGAGAGGUGGAGAUGGAGCGUCAGCUGGACUAUUAUGAGAAGCAUCAGGAUGAAAUUCUGAGCAAUGCAGAAAAGCUUGAUGAAGGUAAAGGAUGGCUACCAGACCCAAGUCUACCUCUUGCUCGUCAGUUAGAGUUUACCUUGGGAAAAAUCAGAGAGCAUGUCCGCACCAUUUUGGAGACACAGGCCACGUGCAGAAGUUUGGACAAGAAAUUGAAAGAGAGGGAAGCAGCUCUGUGGAAGGCAGAACAGAACAUCGUGUCAAGGGAUAAAGUAAUCAACGAGCUGCGUCUGCGGCUCCCAGCUGCUGCCGACAGAGAACGGCUGCUAGCCGACCUUGCCAAACAUGAAGAGGGGCAGUCAGACAGACAGUCUGCCCUCAAGCUGGCUCACCAGACCAUCAAAGACCUGCAGGAUCGACUUGACAAAAAAGAGGAUAUAAUAAAGAAAUACCAGAACCAGCUGGCUCAAGCUAGACAGGACCAAGAGGAACUGAUAAAGAGACAUCAGGAGGAGAUGAAGAUGUUGCACGAGAAGCUGGACUUGCACACGGACACCUCGCUGGAUCGCUUCAGACAGACAGCGAUGGAGUUGAUGAAAAAGCCCACCUUAAGGGUACCAACCUCCAAACACGUGGAGCGUCUGGCUGAGCUAGAGCAAACAGUGGCCGAGCAAGACAUUUCACUUUGCUCUCUCACUGAGAAGCUGAAAGUGACCACUGCUGAGCUGGAGCGACUGAAAGCUACCAUGGAAACAGAGGCUAAGAGACACGCUGGCGAGACGUCAAAGUUGGAGGAAUACCAUGUCAGCCAGGUGAAAGCUCUGACUGCGGAGAAUGAGGAUCAGAGGAGCCAGAUGGCCCAGAUGGAGAAGGAGAUGAAUGAUCUUCGAGCUGAACUGGAGGCCCAGAAGGAGGCUAAUGUCCGCUCCCCCAGUAACACCAUGAAAAAUCUAAUGGAACAACAGAAGGCACAGCUCACCCAGAAAGAGAAACAGCUAAAGGCUCUUAGUAAGGUUCUGUUGAACCUGCGUGCGGAGAUGACGUCUGCUGCAGAACAGCAAGUUAUAGCAAGUGCUGCACAGAAAGAGGAAAGUCUGAAUGUCCAGAUGCUGAUUGACAGACAAACCAAAGACCUUAAGGUGCGAAUGCAAGAACUCAGUGAAGAACUUCAAGCUGCAAAAGAGUCUGCCAAAUCAGCCAGAGGCCGCGAGAGCUCCUUGAAAGAGGAAGUGGACAGGCUGAACCAAGACAUCCAGAAAGCUCAGAAAACCCAAAGGCGUCUGCAAGCUGAGAAGGAGGCGCAAGAACAAGAAAUCGAGGAACUCAAGCAGCAAAUCAAAAGGCUCACCAGCGCUCUUCAAAGCCAACGAGAAGCAGAUGGAAAGCGACCAACUAUUGAGAAUCUGCAGAAGAAGAUCUGGAGACUGGAGUCUGACUUGGAGAAAAGAGCUGAAAUAAAACAUGUCAAAGACGAUCACGGAAAGACUAAAGAAGAAAUUGUACGAUGGGAGGAGGGCAAGAAAUGGCAGGCCAAGAUGGAGAAGGUCAAAAAUUCACUGAAGGAGAAGGAACGAGAGAAUGAAUCCCUCUCAAAACAGCUCAGCACUCUUAAAGACCUCUAUGCCAGGCUGGAACAAGAGAAGAGUGCACUGCAGAAAAAGCUGAAGGCUCGAGGGGUCACUGCUGAUCAGGUGGUGGGCGUGCGAUCCACUGAGAUGGAGAAGGAGAUGCAGGAGCUGAAGAAGAGGAAUUCAGACCUGGAGACAGAGAUUCUCACUAUAAAACAGCAACAGGCUUUACCGCGUGACGGUGCCAUUGAGGAUAUGAUGCUGAGAAACCGCUUCCUGGAGGAGAGACUCCGUUCCUUAGAGAGCCAGGUUAUCAAAGAAUCUCCAUCAAGACCUUCUGGAAAAAGCAUCUCUUCUCAGACUCUAAGAGAGAUUCGUUCUGCUACUUUUGAUGUGGACAAUGGGUCAUGUGAAGAGCAUGUAGGUUCCUGUCCUGUCGAAUCCUGCAGAAGCCUUCUUAGCACUGAAACUGCUGAAGAUACCUUUGACCAACAGAGGGAGCCAAAGCAGCCUUGGGUGAACAGAGAAACCCAGACCAGCUGUGCAGAAGCAGAUUAUGUUCACAGUAAGCAAGCGCAACCAAGCUCUGAAGCUCCAGGCUAUCUCGAACCAGAUGUGACCAGAGAAGUAGAUCUUAGAACUGAUAAUGCUGAAGAUGAUGAGAAACAAAGCGAAGGUGACAAUUUAGAAGGCACAGAAGAAAUUCAUUGUGGCUCUAAAGUUCAUACACCUGAAGACAAGGAAGAAGAACAGGCCACAAAGGCAAGUGAGCCUGAUGAACUGUCAGGAAGACCGGGAUCGGUUAUAUCACCUCCUCCAGCAGAGGCAGUUACAGAUGAUGAAAUGAGUGAAGCGCCAAAUAAAGAGGCUGUUGGCGACCAAGACUAUCAAAAUACAGAUGAUAAUGAUUAUGAUGUGGGAAUCGCAUCAGAGAAGUCACAGCAGGUGGACGAAUGGGUUACACAGAAACAUGAAACAACAAAGAAUGCAACUGUGGAAAAUCCAUUACAUGAAGAUGAGGACCCCAGCUCUAUUCAUACCAAACACUUCAUCAGGAACAAGAUGGAUCAUGAAGUACAAAAACGUGAAGGCAAAUCUGUGAGCUGUCGAAAGACUUCAGGACGAGGCACCAAUACUCCAUCAGAGAGAGAGCAGGACUGCCAAAAAGAAAACCUCAAGCUGGCCUCUGAGAACCUGGAGCUGCGCUUUCAGCUGGAGCAGACCAACAAAGACCUGCCGAGGCUCAAGAAUCAAGUUGCGGACCUUAAGGAGAUAUGCAACGCACUGAAAAAGGAAAAGACAGAGGCAGAAAAAAAGCUGGCUCAUAUACGUGGAGGUGGUCACAGUGGUAAAACGGUGCCUGAGCUCGAGAAGACGAUUGGAUUGAUGAAGAAGGUGGUGGAGAGGGUGCAGCGGGAAAAUGAAGCACUGAAGAAAUCCAGCGCCACUGUGAAUCAAGACAAAGUCACUGCCCUGGAGAAAGAAAAUAUUAAGCUAAAGGCCGACUUUGAAACACUGAAGCGUGAGGCUGAAACUGAGCUGAAUUCCAAACUUGAAUCCAAAACCAAAGGACUGGAGAAAAUAGUGAUUGAAAAUGAACGUCUUCGAAAGGAGAUUAAAAGGGAAAUGGAGGCUGCAGAGAGGCUGAGAGUGACCAAGAUGACACUAGAAGUGACAAAUGAGAAGCUUGAGGCAGAGCUGGAAGACAUCAAGCAAAGACUGAGGGAAGCUCUGUCCAGGCCCAUUACAGAGGGGGUGGACACUAAGACCAUGAAGUCAUCUGUGGUAACCAGGAUGUUUGAGAACAAGAUGAAGGAGCUGGAGAAGGAACUCUCCCAAAAGAACAUCCGAUUGUCUGAACUCAAACAACAGCUGAAAGAGAUGACAGAGCGGGAGGAGAGAGCUCAGAUAACAAUACGACAACUCGAGGAUCAGGCUGACGUGUUAAAAACCUUUCCUGCUGUUGGAAAAGGUGAUGCAGGAAGCAGCAAGGCCUUCCAGGAAAUCCGACUGGCCAGCACUCAGCUGGGAAAAGAGAAUGAAGAAAUGAAACGAAGGAUGCAAGAAUACAGUGAACGAUACGGCGAGACGACAUCUAAACUAGAUUAUGGGAAACUCAAAAAACUUCUGCAGGCAGCUGAAACUGAAAAAACCAAACUUCAAGCUGAGGUCACGAAGCUGAAAAAAGAACUGGAGAACUUUGACCCAGCAUUUUUUGAUGAAAUCGAAGACCUGAAAUAUAACUACAACUUAGAGGUGAAGAAGAAUGUUCUGUUGGAGGAGCAGCUGAAAAAAGUGUGUCAACAAUUUGGGGUAAAGGCAGAAGUGCCCAGUAUGUCUAUCACUUAAUGUGUGGUAUGUAAGUCAUGCUUUUACAGUCACAUUCCUUGGAAAUUUUGAGGAAGGAGUUUCCUUUUAACAAUGAAAUGACACAAUAUUUUUGUGUUAAUAUGUGAAUACUAACUUAUUGGUGUGAGAAUGUAAAUUUGUACGUAACAUGAAAGUUUUUUUCUGUGUACUGUAAGUCACUUUUGUAUUCUGUCAAAUAAAAAAUUGUUGAAUAAAA